CCCCCUUGACCGACCAAACGACGUGUUAUCCUUUUAUCUUUCACCAGUAGCAUUUCUUCACAUGUUGACGAUACAGGAACCAACUGCUAUUCCUGCAGCGAAGAAAAUUAAAUAGAGCCACCUCCUCUGAAAGGUGGGGUUUCAUGUUUCUGACCUAGCUUUGACGGGGUGCAGUUAUAGCGCAGACAGGAUCUCAAAGUGACGCUUCCUCCUCUCUCCGUGAUAACGGGAGAGCAUUACUGCAACAACACGAACUGCCUUAAUGACCGCAGCAAUAAAAGCAGGGCACAAUGUUUUUGCAAAUUGAAUCUUUUGGGUUGUUAAUAUUCUCAGUUGGAAGGUUUUCAUACCGUUGUCUCUUUUGUCCAAGAUUCUUGUUGCUUUGAUUGAUUGAGAGAGAGAAAAAUGAAGUGGAUCUGUGAGAAUUCGUGCGUGCCAGAAGUCCGGCAUUUGGGCAUUGCGAUCAGCUUUGCGUUUUCGUUCUUUAUCCUGAGGUUCUUCUUGAAUGCUUUCGUUUAUGAGAAACUGGCAAUCCAUUUUUUGAGCAAUGGUAUUGCUCCCUUAAAGCUUGAUGCAGCUAAUCAGGCAAAGGUUGUAAAAUUUUCCGAGUCUAUGUGGAAGUUAACAUAUUAUGCUACAGUUGAAAUUUGCAUCCUCUCAAUGAUUUAUCAAGAGCCAUGGUUCACAGAUAGGAAACAAUUUUUCGAGGGAUGGCCUAAUCAAGAACUCAAGUUUACGCUGAUUCUUUACUACAUGUGCCAAUGUGGAUUUUACGCCUAUAGCAUUGCUGCCAUCCUCAAAUGGGAAACCCGACGAAAAGAUUUCCAUAUAAUGAUGUCCCAUCAUGUAAUCACUGUUGUCCUAAUUUGGAUGUCCUUUAUUUCAAGAUUUUUUCGCAUUGGAUCCAUCAUUCUUGCACUGCAUGAUGUCAAUGAUGUGUUCAUGGAAACAGCCAAACUCUCCAAGUACACUGGAAAUGAGCAUGCGGCCAGCACAUGCUUUGGGUUCUUUGCCAUUUCUUGGUUUCUUCUGCGGCUCAUAUACUUCCCAUUCUGGGUAAUCCGAAGCUCAAGCCAUGAUGCAGUCGAUGUAUUCGUUCUAUCCAAGGGGUAUCACAGUUUUCUCUACUAUUUGCUCAACACAAUGCUCAUAACGCUGUUGAUCUUCCACAUAUAUUGGGGCAUCCUCAUCUUUUUCAUGGUCUCGCGGCAGCUCAAGAAUAGGGGACAGGUGGGAGAGGAUAUCAGAUCAGAUUCAGAUAAUGAAGAUUAGUUGAAAUGUAAUAGAUGAAUUCUAGAGUCAUUUGCCAAAGGUUGGGAAGAGAAGAUAAACCCCUUGUGUAAUUAGUAAUGGAUUCCUUUGUCACUCGGCAGUAAUCGAUUUGUGUUUAAUCAUCUUAAUAACCAAGGGUCCAUCAUUGAAGGCCAGUUUUUUCUUCAUUUGUCUGGCAAGAGCAAAUGGUCCAAAUUGCUGUGUAUUUCUUUUUUCUUGCUUUUGUGAUGUUAUUCCAUUGUGUACUGCACACAUACAUGGUUUCUUGUUCGAAAGAGAGAGUAAUGGAAAGCUUGUAUACCCGUGCAUUUUGGCUUC